GCGCUCCCCGCACGCCGCUCAGCCGGUGGGCUGGCCCGGGUACCCGCCCCGCCCCGCCCGGUAGCCUAGAAAAGCGGGUCCGGGCGGCGGGGGGUGCUCGGCGGCAGCGAGGGCUUCCCCCCCCGCCGACCAUGAAGAACCCGGUGCCGCAGGCGGCCUCGCUGCUGCUGGAGAAGCUGCUGCUUCUCGUCCACGUCCGGCCCCUGCCCGCGGGCUCCGGCGGGGAACCGGCGGCGGCCCCCGGCUACUACGACACCAGCUGCUUCAAGCGGGGCGACCUGCUGGAGGUGCCCCGCACCCUCUUCAUCCACUUCGGCAUCUACCUGGGCGAGAACCGCGUCGCCCACCUGAUGCCCGACAUCCUGCCCGCCAUCACCGGCGACCGCCGGCAGAUCCAGCAGGUGGUGACCAACAAGCGGCUCAUCCUGGGCGUCAUCACCAAAACGGCCAGCAUCCGCGUGGACACGGUGGAGGACUUCGCCUACGGCGGCAGCAUCCUGGUCAACCACAUGGACCGGCUCUUCGAGGACCAGGUGCUGGGCAGCGAGGAGGCAGCCCGCCGGGCGGAGAAGCUGGUGGGAGCCACGGCCUACAGCCUGCUCUGGAACAACUGCGAGCACUUCGUCACCUACUGCCGAUACGGAGCCCCGGUCAGCUUCCAGACCGACAAGUUCUGUGAGACUGUGAAGAUGAUUAUUCGGGACCAGAGGAGCGUUCUUGCUUCGGUGCUUGUGGGAUUAGCAUCGAUAGUCUGCCUCGGUUUGGCACCCUCCACCACGCUCCCCACUAUCUUUAUCCCCUUCUUUCUGUGGAUGGCUGGCUAACAGCCUAUCGCAGGCAUGCGGCCAGCAUCUGUAUAUAGGAUGUACACUACUGUAUUUAUGAAAGCACAGAUUACUCAUCGGUGUCACGUAAAGUUUCUUAACCUUGUGUGCCAUUUUUAAAUAUAACUUUGUCUAGAACACAGUGCACAAGGCAUAGCUUACUGUGUAAGCCGAAUAAUAGAUUUUCUGAAAAUCUCAGUUGGUACAUUUUAACACACCUUUAAAUCAUGAAAAAGUAGGGUUGCGAUGCAGUUCUGCUCCUUGCCUUUAGCCAUAAGUGAUUCUGGCAAUAUCCUUCAUGUUACUCAAUUUCGUAGCUGCAUACCCAGGUGCUGUAAGUAUUCAAAAAAAAUAGAUGAUGGAGUGACACAAAGCGAUUGCUAUUGAGAACAAACUACUUACCUCUUCCUUUGAUAGAUACAGUGCAUAUUCAGAAGUUACUGCCUCCAUCCCUAGAAUACUCUUUAGUGGAGAUACAAAUAAGUAAACCGACUCUCUUUGAUAGCCAAGAACCCAGCACCUAGGCUGGGCGCUGCAGGAGCGCAUCUGGCUGGAUUGGCUACAUUUAUUUCCCUUUUGAGAAAUGUUCACAAAUCUCUCAUUUGCAUUAAUCGUGUGAACACUUGCUACAGUAUUGAACAAUUUUUUAAUUGGGUUAGUGGUAAGGAAAGAUGGCAAUUCCUCAGCAUUUUCCUUGCUACUGAUAGUGGUUAGUAUGGCUAAUGUAAAUGGCUACAGAGGGGCUUAAGGGAUGCAGGAAGAAACUAGCUUGCUGUAUGACAACUAGUGACAUACAAACAUCAGAAAUUACCAGUGUUCAGGGCACAUGGUGGGGAGGAGGAGGACAGACCCCAAUUUAGUUCCUACCUUCCCUCAGCAAUGGGACCUGGGUGGGUGCCGUAAUGCAUCAGGGAUCAUUGGAGCAGUUUCUGUGGUGGCUGUAUUGUCGUUUUUGCCUUAAAACAAGGUGCCUCUCAGUGAAAGACAACACGUCUUUCUGCGCUCGUCCCCCGCAAAUAAGUAUUCACUUGCAAGCCGCAGUUGGUGCUAAAAAUGUUUCCUCUUCAAUGUUGAGGCCUUUCUGCUUAUCAAGAAUAUGUAAAGUUGGAUUUGAAAUCAAGUUCAUCUAGCCAAUUGUUUGAGUGCUAAAAACCUUUGCUAUUUUUUUUUUCUUAGCAAUGUCUUGAUGUAUGCAGAGAAACUGUUCAGUUCUUGGAAUGCCUUGCAUGUGAUACGUGAACUUACACGUUCACGCGCUAUGCUUGCCUGCCUUUCUAGUCAAAGGCGACUGCGAUGGUGUCUUCACGAAGGACCGAACCUCAGAUUUACUUCUUUCUAUGAGUGGUGUUCAGUAUCCUGUCAUCAGCUCUGCUACCGAAGUGGCCAUUUUCCCCACUUUUAGAGAAAGUAAUUUUAACUGUGCUGUAAACCCCCUCCUCCUUCCCCCGGACCUUACAGCUGCUUGAAGAUUGGAUUCUUGAACUAUGAGUCUACUUGGCUGCUCUCUAAUCAUCUUUCUUCUUCUGGCUGCUCCACUAUAACCGACGAAGAAUGUAAAGACUGGGGUGAAAUUCCAGGCUUGUAGGAAACGGCAGCGUGGCUGCUGCUGCCGCCGUCAACCGAGAGGGGAUUUCGGCCCAGCUUUCAGUACACCUUCAGUCUGCAGCCCAGCUCCGAGCAGCUGGAUAUCGAUUACUGUUGGAUCCUUGUAAACAACUCUGUUCUGCUUUCAAAGAUUGCAACGCUCAGUGUAACUGUUUCUGGUAAACUUUUAAAUUUAAGGUGUUUUUUAAUUAACAUGAAUUGCUUUUUCAUAGUGUACGGUUUAGUAAUAUUUACAUAAAUUCCAGUGUGUUUUUUUUUUACUUGCUGUGCAUAAGGUAUGAACUGUAGUCAUUACUGUAAUUAUAUAAAUAGAACUUACUCAUUUAAAAACGUCUACCGGCCUCUUGAAAUUGAGUAUAAUGCUAUAGCAUUUCUCUAACAUAUCCCAGUAGGGCACUGAACAGUCCAUUAGCAUGCAGUUACAUGGUGUCUGAUUACAGGUGGGCUUUUCUUUUCCCUUUAUUUACUUGGGAUUUAUAAGAAUUCCAGUAAUUCUUACGAUUCACUUAUACAAUAAACAACGGGGUCAUGACCAGUAACAGAAUCAUAAGUGGGAUUGUUGGAAGGCAGAGAAAUGUUCCUGCUCCUAGCUUCACUAUCAAAGGACCAAUGCUCCUGCUUUGCUAAUGCUGUUGAGCAAGAAGCAUCGGGCUUAGACUGGGGGACUAAGCUGGGAUCUUCAUAGGUGUCUAUGAGGGAAAUGAAAGCAGUUCCUUGCAGACUUCCAGCUCCAUUAGUAGAGAAUUGUCCUUCAACAUGUAGUCUUUUGAAGCUCAUGAAAUACUAUGGAAUGGUCUAGAAUGUCUUGCUGUAUGCUUUCAUCAAAGACAAGUAAUAAUGUGGGCAUAGGAACAGAAAUUCAGCUGCAUGUUUAGGAGUUUUUCCUACCAACUAUAAUUCUAGCAGAGAUCUGGAAAUUUUGUUCAAGUCAGGCAUGAGUCAGAUCAGUCGUACUCCGAGGGGAAAACCAAGACUAGCAGGCAUGAAUUCUCAUGUUCAGCUCAGUGGGUGGUGGUUGUGCUCUGAAAUAUUUUGGUAAAUGUCAGUGUCAACUUUUUUUUCUGUAAUUACUAGAGUAAAAAUAAGCACUUGCCCUAGGUGGAGCAUUGCAUUUCAGACUUGAGCUCAGCUGUGAUGCCAUUGAAAUGAAGGAGCUAGUUAUAAUAAGAAAAACACGGAAAACUGGAGCAGUUCAGCUGUUUGGCAAUGUGUACGCUUAGAAGUAAAAUUGUUCAUCGGUAACUGUAAGUGAUGAUGAUGGGGAGUGUAAAUCUAGAGCUGAAGCUCAUUUCAGUGGUGAGGCUGUUUUGAAAAGUUGUGUGGUUAAAUGAGACUAUGUAAUGGAGGAGUACAACCAUCACCCCUGUGCCACUGGGAAAGGCAAGUAGUGAAGACAUCAAGUGAAAAGGAUAGAUGUUGCACUUCAGGCUUUCCAAAGAAAAUAAAAAUAAAA